CUGCCCGACACCGCCAUGGCCGCUGCCCGCACCCAACAUGGCGGCCGCUGCCUCAGGGCGCGCCGCGCGCGCAUGCGCGGUGCGAUGCAGCGCGCUCUGAGGGCGCUGCUCCGGGAGCCGCCGCCAUGGCGGCCCCGCCGCCCCCCGCCCGGCCUGAGGGGCCCGGCUCUCACCGCCCCGGGGCCGCUCUGUCUGUCUGUCCGCCCGGCUCUCACCGCCCCGUGGCCGCUCUGCAGGCCUGCCAGCCCGGCCUGCACCGGCCAGGGACAGCGCCGGGGCCCGGCCCGCCCGCUCUGCACCGCCCCGGGGCCGGCCGCCACGCACUAUCGCCUGGUGUACACCUGCAAGGUGUGCCAGACCCGCUCGGCCAAAUCCAUCUCUAAGGCCGCCUACCACCGCGGGGUGGUGAUCGUGACCUGUCCCGGCUGCGGGAACCACCAUGUCAUCGCCGACAACCUGGGCUGGUUCUCCGACCUGCAGGGGAAGAGGAACAUCGAGGAGAUCCUGGCAGCCAGAGGGGAGCAGGUGAGACGUGUGGCUGGUGAGGAAGCACUGGAGCUGCUGCUGGAGAGCUCGGCAGAGCCCGGGCCCCCAGGUCAGCUGGCAGAGGGGGAUGACAAGGAGGCUCCCCCAGAUGCUGGCAGCAAGGGACACACCUGACACGAGGGAUUCUGGCCUGUGGGACACACCUGCCACGUGUGUGGGAUUUGGGACAUUCUGCUUUGGCAAGAGACUCUUCACCUUCGUUCCCUGAUUUCAGCUGUUUCUAAAAUAAACUGGGAUGUUGGGUUUUC